AUGCAGCAGCAGCAGCAGCAGCAGCAGCGACGUCGACUGAGCCUGCUGUUGCUGCUGCUGAACCUUCAGCGAAUCCAGCCAACUCCAUUGAGCAACCAGCCGAGUCUACUACUACGACUACUACGACUACUACGACUACGACUGCUGCUCCUGAUUCAGGCGCGACUCUACUCACUGUCGCUGCAUCUGCGGACGACGCAUCGCAGCCACAGCCACAGCCACAGCCACAGCCGCAGCCGCAGUCGCAGCAAAAGCUGGUCGAGGAUCGCUCUGGGGCGACGACGUACGAGUUUGACAUGACGAUCGUGGUUGCCGAGCCGGACGCCAAGAGCAGCUACGUGCCAGUGCCGUACGUCGGCGACUCGAAGGAGCCCGCCGUGUUCAAGCUGCGGCAGACGCAGCCGCGCAGAAUCCAGUUUGCCAUCACGCAGGUGACGCCCGGUCCGCUCGUGAUUGAGCGCUGCGUCGGCGUCUUCCUCUGCCCGGGCCGCGCCAUCACCCAGAAGGACAUUCAGAUGCUGGACGUCUCGAAUGCAGACCGGCGCGCGCACAAGCGGACGUUCGCAGUCGAUGGCGUCUGGGAGCCGUCCGAGCGCGACUCCAUCAUGCUCACCACCGAGACACCCAAGGGCGCUCGCAUCUACGUCUCGUUCGCAGUCGAUCUUGUGCUCACGGGCGUCACCGAGCCCGUCCGUCUCGCGCAGGAAUGCCGCGUCAAGAUAUUCAAGCCGUCCGAGCGCUUUUGGAAUUAUGGCAAGGCCGCUCCGCCCGUGCAGUACUUUAUGGAGCUGACGCCCAUGAAGACCUCGGCUGGCCUGCGCCUUCCGUACUUUGAAGUGACGGCGAUGAGUCGCGUUGCGCCCGACGCGCCCAUCAUCGAGUACAAUCGCAACGCCGCUGUUGCCGACGCCCGAGCCGCUGCCGCUGCUUCCACAAGUGCCAGUAGUAGUGCUGCUGGUGCUGGUGCUGGUGCCGCCGCCGCUGCCGCCGCACGAAACGCCCACCACAAGCGGCCACACAACCGCAGCAACUCGGUCUCGUCCACCGGCUCCAAGGACGACGACGCGGAAUCGAGCACCUCCCUGCUGAGCGUUCCGAGCACAGACUCUCGCCGAUCGUCGUCGUCAGACGUGGUCGAAGCGACCAGCUCCCAUUCUGGCUCCAGCACUGGAUUUGCCCCGUUGCCAAUCGCUUCCGCCGCUCACUCUCGCCAGUUUGCCGCUGCCAGUGCGCUGGGUCUUGCGCUGCCGGACGAAGAGGACGACGACGCCCCCGUCUCAGGCACCGGCACGGUCGUGGAGACCUUCUCGCCCGAGGAAUGGGAUGAGUGGGCAGGGCUGAUUGCUCGGUGGGAUGUACUGCCCCGCAAGCAGGUCCAACAGCUUGCGCGAAAUGGCGUGCCCGACCGUCUGCGCGGCCAAGUGUGGCAGCUGCUGAUUGGCAGCAACACGGACGAUUUGCAAGACACCUUCCGCUUCCUCACCACGAAAGAAACGCCCACGGAAAGCAUCAUUCAGUGGGACAUCAUGCGCACCUUUCCCGCGCACGAAACGUUCAAGAAUGCAGGCAGUGUUGGGCAAGAAGCGCUGUACCGGCUGAGCAAGGCGUACGCCGCGUAUGAUUCCGAGACGGGUUAUGUCCAAGGCCUGUCCUUCAUUCUCGGCAUCCUUGUUCUUCAUAUGCCGGAAGAACAAGCAUUCGCAGUCAUUGUCAAGAUCAUGUACGAUUAUGGAAUGCGCGAGCUGUUCAAGCCAGAAAUGGUUGCGCUGCAAGUCAUGUUCUACCAGCUCGAGCGUUGCAUUGAAGAACACAUGCCCGAGCUGCAUGCCCACUUUGCCCGUCACGGUGUGGAGCCGGAAAUGUAUGCUUCGCAGUGGUUUUUGACCUUGUACGCGGCCAAGUUUUCGCUGCCGCUCGCCUUCCGAAUUAUGGAUCUCUUCCUCGCGUACGGCAUGGAGACGCAGCUACGAGUGGCCAUGGCGCUGCUCUCGCUCAACCAGAUGGAUUUGCUCGUGGGUGACUUUGAGCACAUGAUGACCUUCUUCCGGGUGGCCCUCCCCAAAAAGUACAUGUCCAACCCGUCCGAGCUUGUCACGGUCGCAGCCGACUUUCCGCUCAACGCAAAGAAGCUGAAGCGAUUUGAGCGCGAAUUUUAUGCCAAGCGCGCCUCGGAUGAGCACGACAACGACCCCAUCAACCGUCUCACCAAGGAGAACGAGCGUCUGCUGGAGGUGCAGCGCCGACUCGAGAACGAGAACGAUGUCCUGGCCAAGGAACUCGUCACCACGCGAAGCCAGCUGACUGCCAAGCUGGACCGUAUGGUGGACGAGCGUCUCGCGGCACAGCAAGCGCUCUCGCGGCUGAAAGGCGUGCACGAGGCCUCGCUGCAGGAAGGCGAGGAGACCAAGACGCGGUUGGACACCGAGGUGGCUCAGCUCAAGGACCUGUAUCGUGCCUUGUCUAGCGAGGCGGACGAAGAGCGGUCGCGCAGUCAGCGUGAGAUUGAGGAGCUCAAGAGCUUGAUUCGUCAAGUCACCGAGCGAGCCGAGCGCGAAGUUGGCAACCUGAGGCAAAAAGUGGCGACGUUGGAGGCAUCGCUGGGCUCGGACAACCCGGUUGUCAUUGAAUUCAAGCACGAGCACCGAGCCAACCAACUGGAGAAGCAGGUCCAAGCGACAGAGGUCCAGCUCGCCAGUGUCAAAGUGCAGCUGGCCGAGGCGGUUGAAGCGAGCGAAGCUCAGAAACACCGGAUUGCGCAGCUCCAGCACGAGCUCAUCGUGCUGGCCACGCCACCAUCCCCCGUCCCUGGAUCCAGUGUCUCGCGCCAAACCAGCUCUGGAAGUGGCGCUGCCGCCUCCGAAGGCUCUGCAUCGUCCACUGCCGCCAGCGCCAAGGCCGCCAUGUCCUCGCUCAUGAACAAUUUCAUGACCAAGAAGGCGGCGUGGUUUUCAGGACCCGGCGAUGCAUCUCAGCAGCAGCAGCAGCAGCAGCAUCAGCAGCAUCAGCAGCAUCAGGCUCACCCCUUGCAACCUCAACAACAACAACAGCGCAGUGCAACGCAACAACCGCCGCUGUCUCCGUCGCCUGCCGCAAAGUAGCAAACCCUGACACCUAUGUAUUUGUUGAUGUGCUUGUUUCAGGCCCCUCCCCUCCCCUCUAUCUGGUUGUUUUGUCAUUUCUUCUGUGUACUGAAUUAAUAACAGUGUUUUUCCCCCCCC